GGCGAUUAGAACAUUCCGAUCGUGAGAUUCUCCAAAAAGUUUGUAUCUGAAAAUUGUUUUGGUUUUUCGUGAAUAACUUUAAAUUCGGCCGAAAAAGUGGGGUUGUAGACGGAAUUUGACGUCCGUAUGGCUGGCUCAACGCGUUGGCUAGAGUAUUUCAUCAGCUUGGAAGGUCUUAUAAAGAUCUUAGAAUUUAUUGUGUCCCUUUUGGCAUUCAUUCUGAUUCUCAACUUUGAUGACUGGAGCCUGUUUUCACGUUAUGGUUUCUACAUAAUUGUGGCUGGUUUAUGCUGGACCUCGUUGCUGAUCAUCCUGGUGGUUCAUGGUGUUGGUGUGUGUGCAAGCAAGGUGUACGGAAAAUGGCAAAGAGAAUACUCCUUGUUUGUGUUCAUGCUUAGCUAUUCCCUGUCCUUCCUAUUUCUGUUUUUCUUUGGCUCAGCACUCCUGGCUCAGUGGGCUUAUGAUAUUGCUGAUGGAUUCCUUAUUCUCUGUGUGAUUCUUGGCUUCGUUUUGGUCAUAUUAUUUUUCAUCGACAGCUUCAUCUAUUACAAGCGCGUCAGGCAAAUCCGUGUCGAAGAAGUCAGUUGGAAACCGAAACGCACCGGCACAUCUUACGCUUAAGCGCACAACUAACCAUCCAAUCAUCUUUGUUUGUUGUACAUUCUUAUGUUUAACUGACCAGUAUACAAUUCUAUUUCACUCUGGAUGUAAAUAUAAGUACUGUAACAAUGUUGUUUCAGUGUUGUUUCUGUUUCAAUUGUACUUUUGUAUUAUUUGUGUAUGUAUAUUGACAAGGAACUGAUGUCAAAUACUAGUAAGAAGGUAAUCUAAACUGAAAUAUCUAGUGGUAAACAAUGUGUAAUUUAAGUUGUAUAUUUCAUCUACAUAUUUGCUGUGUGUGAAGCCCAUGCCUGCUUGCAUGAUUAGGUUAUGUGACCUUUGUUUUUAAUAAAUAAUCUGAUAUA